UCAGAUAUUUCUCUCUAAUUUUUUCUUCCUUUGCAGGUGAUUGAAUUAGACUUAACAUCGCUUCCAGAUGUAGAGGAAGUUCUUGGAAUCCUCACAAAUGAAAAAGUUCCCCUAAGUUACUGGGUAGAUUUAUCUAUUGAAUAUUACAAACAAAAAAAUGAAGAGGCCUUCGUACGUAUACUUGAAGCCAGCAGGGUUGAUGCCACCCUCACUGGGGAUUCAGAAAAGGACCAGAUGCGGUCAUAUGAUACUCUGGCAGCCUACUAUGUACAGAAGGCUUAUAAAGAAAAAGAGCCUCAAGCCAAGAAAGAUCUUUUCCAAAAGGCAACGUACUUGUACACAACAGCUGACAAGAUCAUUAUGUACGACCAGAACCAUCUGUUGGGUCGUGCCUAUUUCUGUCUUCUUGAAGGGGAUAAAAUGGAACAAGCUGAUGCACAGUUCAAUUUUGUGCUCAACCAGUCUCCAAAUAACAUCCCCUCUCUCCUGGGGAAAGCUUGUAUUGCUUAUAAUAAGAAGGAUUAUCGAGGAGCAUUGGCAUUUUACAAAAAGGCUCUGAGAACUAACCCUAAUUGUCCAGCAGCAGUCCGUCUUGGGAUGGGUCACUGUUUUAUGAAGUUGGGAAACCAGGACAAAGCCAGACUUGCCUUUGAACGAGCUUUGGAACUGGACGGGAUGUGUGUUGGAGCACUUGUUGGUCUGGCUGUACUAGAGCUUAAUGAGAAAAAACCUGAUCACAUUCGUCGUGGUGUUCAGAUGUUAUCAAAAGCAUAUAAUAUUGAUUCAACAAAUCCAAUGGUCCUCAAUCACUUGGGAAAUCACUUCUUCUUUAAAUCGGACUGGGCCAAAGUUCAGCAUCUCUGCCUACAUGCCUUCCAUAACACAGAAAAUGAAUCAAUGAGAGCCGAGUCUUGCUACCAGAUGGCUCGUGCACAUCACGUUCAGGAAGACUAUUCCAUGACUUUCAGUACUAUUACCAGGCAACACAGUAUGCACCACCAAACUUUGUCCUCCCUCAUUAUGGGAUAUCUUCCACCGGAAGCAAAUCCAAUAACAUCUGGCUAUGUAGAAGUGUUUUUGGUGUAA